GUCCCGACGGUGAUGCGCUGCUCCACAACCAUCACCGGAGCUGUAGCGCCGCGCGUGGCUGCCAAGCGGUCCUUUUCAUGGGUCAGAGCAUCCUUCUAGUCCGGUUUGAUGAUCGAGCCUGAGACGGACCAGAUGCCAUAUCGAAUGUAAAGCAGUCCAGAAUCGUCUUCAGUGAUCUUUCUUCUGAGUAUUUAGGUUUUUAUUUGAACAAUUUUCUCAAAUUGGUGCGAUGGUCCGCGCCAGCAGUGAAAUGACAGGCCGAUGUGUGCCGAGCGGCCAGACGCUCCGUCGGUACACCUAGCAGGUUUCUAUAGGGCGUGCCGAUAGGUGUGGGUGCUAGAGGUCAAAGGAGGAGCUGCCUUCAUCCCUGACCCCUGACCCCAGGCUAGGGAGGAAGACAGACGCCGUGAUGACCACACUACACAGGAGUAGGACAGCAGCCAAAUUUGUUUCUUAAGUAUAAGGUCCUGAACCCUUCCUAGACCCAGACAGAGAGACUGAACUGAGAGAGGCGGAAGCUGCCAGAACCAUGACUCACCUUCACACAGGCCUGAGUCCUGACAGCCUGGAGAAGGCCCGUCUGGAGCUGAACGAGAACCCGGACACGCUGCACCAGGACAUCCAGCAGGUCAGAGACAUGAUUGUCACCAGGCCAGACAUCGGCUUCCUCAGGACCGACGAUGACUUCAUCCUGCGCUUUCUGCGAGCCAGGAAGUUCAACCAGGCCGAGACGUUUCGCCUGCUGGCCCAGUACUUCCAGUUCCGGCAGCAGAACCUGGACAUGUUCCAGAGCUUCAAGGUGGACGACCCAGGGAUCAAGCGGGCCCUGAUGGAUGGGUUUCCAGGAGUUCUGGAGACGCCUGACCAGCACGGACGCAAGAUCCUCAUCCUGUUUGCCUCUAACUGGGACCAGGGCAGGAACUCGUUCACAGACAUCCUACGGGCUAUCCUGCUGUCUCUGGAGGUGCUGAUAGAGAACCCAGAGCUGCAGAUCAACGGCUUCAUCCUCAUCAUCGACUGGAGUAACUUCUCCUUCAAACAGGCCUCCAAGCUCACACCCAACAUCCUCAAACUGGCCAUCGAAGGCCUACAGGACAGCUUUCCUGCCCGCUUUGGAGGCAUCCACUUUGUGAACCAGCCGUGGUACAUCCAUGCCAUGUACACCAUCAUUAAGCCCUUCCUCAAGGACAAGACCAGGAAACGAAUCUUUCUCCAUGGUAACAACCUGAACACUCUGCACCAGAUCCUGCAGCCAGACUGCCUGCCAUCAGAGUUUGGUGGGACACUUCCUCCCUAUGACAUGGGCAUCUGGGCACGCUCGCUACUGGGGCCCGACUACCAUGACGAGACCGAGUACACCCUCACCUAUGAUGCAUUGCAUGUCCGAGAGAACUACCCUGGAGGAGGAGAGAAGGAGCAGAUGAAGAGGUCCCAGUCCGCUGUGGAGCCAGGGACACUAAGACAACAGGACAGAGACAACACUGCACAGCCUCUUCUGGCCCUGGACUGAUAUGUAUCACAUACACAAUAACGAAGCUGGAAUAUCACACGCUUUCACACACACACACCACACAUCUCAGCCUUGACUGUUCAGACCUUUGCCAGGUGACU